GUAAGCUACUAUGUGCAUGCUGGGAACUGAACUUUUCCUCUGUAAGAGUAGCCAGUGCUGUUAUACUGACUCAUCUCUCCAUAUCCCUCUGAGGAACUUGUACUCCUGCUUUGUAAACACACCCAUUCAUGGCUUCGCUUUUAGGGCUCCAUUCUUUUCCUUUCAGAAGUGCUAGCAUGCAGGCGUCUACUCCACAGAUUCCACUUCCCAAACAGGUGAUAGAGCAAAAUCAGAAGGAGUUUUUAGCUGUCUAACAAGUAGGCAAAUGAGGGCCUAUUAGAGGGGGCAAAGUGGGAAAAGGAAGCUGGUGGAAUACUGACUAAGCAGUCACGUCCAAAGCUAUAAGAUCAGGGAAAAGGUAAAAGUUGACAGUUGAUCCAUACCAUGUUUAUUCAGUUACCUAUGUCUGUCAUCUGCAUACAUCUGGAGUUGGGCUGAAUUAUUUGGGCAUUCCAAGACUGCUGAGCUGUUUAGAAACCAGUCCUCAGUUUUACCAGUUAGCGCUUUGACUUGUCCUCCUGCCUCUGUGCGUCCUGGUGCUCCCAUUACUUAGGUCUUGACUCUCUCAGUGGGUCAGACGUUGACCCCAUGGUGCUGAGCACGUUGGUCCCUGCCUAGAUCCGUACUGAACAGGUGUGUCUGGUGCACAGGAAUCUAAAGGUUAUCACUAAGUAGGGGUGUUCAGAGUAUUUGCCUGUGCAACUGCAGACAGGCAAUAGGAGUUGACUACCAAGCCUUUGGGAACAGUGUAACAAAGGAAGACCCACCUCUUUGGCGUCUCCUUGAUGGGUUUGUCUCUGCUCGCAUUAUGAGUGGAAAUGCCCUGUUCUUCCUGUGAGGGCCUAGUGGAAUGUGUAUCAGGUCAAUACCUGGCUCAAGGACAUGGGGCACUUAAGUAUUAGAACAAGACUCAUGUCUAAUUUUUCUAGUAUCUGCUGCCACCUGUCCUUCUGCCCCAGUAUUAACAAAGUUUAGACAAAUCCCAAAGUUAGAUCUGAGCUCCACAACAAAAGCAGAACCUGAGUAUAAUGCAAUCCAGUUAGUCUCAUCAGGCAAAUAUCCCUUUUAAUAUACACCAAAAUUCAGCUAAUCUAACCAUCCUUAUUUUUUUUUUCCAGAAAAGACAAACAUCCUAAAAUUCAUAUGGAAAUGCUAGGGACCCAGAAAAAGUUGGGGAUCAAAGAUAAAGGCUGAAACUAUAAACUCAGCCAACAGAAGGAAACAGUUUAGAGGAGAAAGGAAAAAAUAGAAUUACUAGACAUGUUACAACACUAAGCGAAAGCAGGAAAGAGCCAGAUGCGGUGUGCGCCUUGGGAACAGAGGCGGGUGGAUCUCAGUGGGUUCAAGGCCAGCCUGGACUACAUAGCAGGCUCCAAGUGGAAUGAAAGGAAGUUUGAUUGCUGGAAAGGAAGUGCAUCUGCAAGGCAGAGUACCAGGAAGAGAAAGUGGUGGGAUAAGAGAAGGCAGGAGGGACAGCCAGGCAGCAGUGAGCCUUGAGUAGGCAUGGGAGGGCCUGGCAACCAAUCACAAGUCCUUUGGUGGGCAGAGGCAGUCAAGCACAGUCAUUCUUCACCAUCAACCAGUACCUGUAGGUCAUUUUUCUCUGGAGUUUUGAAGACUUAAGUUUCUUUCUGGUCUCCUCUUUACAGUUCUGUAUAAGAUGCAGAGCUCAGUUUCAGUCCCUCAGAUAAGCCUAGAAUUACUUCAGAAACUUGUUUCUCAUGAACCAGUUUUGUGCCAGGAUGUCCAGCAGAUGGCAGCAGAGUCCUCAGUUCAGAUCCAUGCACUAAGACAGCAUCGGCUUCAUAGGGAUGCAGUCAGUGUUACUUUCAUUUUGUUUCUUUUUUGGGGAGACAGUUUCAUGUAGCUCAAACCUGAUGUGUAGCAGAUUGAAGAUUUCAUAGUUCAUUCUUUGACAGUCUUUGUACAUGUAUGUACAUAAUUACUGUUUUCCCUCACCUUCUACCCUCCUCUUCAGAUCUUCUGCCCUUCAACUUCCCCUCUUCCCCACAAGUCUUUUUUCCCAUUCUCUUCAUUUUGUUGUCUUGUGAUCCACUGAUUUUAUCUGACACGAUCUGUGGUCUAUCUAUUAGGACCUAGACAGUGACUGCCUUUCCACCAGAAUCCAUUCCAACCAGUUGUUUAUCAGAGGAUAUGGGCCCCUUGACCCCAACCCAUGAUUGCUCCUUGACAGUUGCAGUCUUUUGCAGGCCCUGCGCAGGCAGUUGCAACUACUGUACUGUGUGUGCUGUGUCGUGUGCAGUGGCUAUGCUGUGGUCCUGAAGACCACAUUUCACAGUUCUCUCCUAGCUUUGGCACUCUAUUCCCUUUCCUGAUGCUCCUGAGCCUGGAGGGAUAUGUGUUCCGCCAUUGCUUGUUCUGAGCACCUUGAGGACAGUGUAGAUAGAUGGAUAGCCACAAGGAGGCUGAAGUGUCAGUAUUGAAUUUCUGAUCCUCCUGUGUGUACCUUUUUCCCCAGAGUGUUAGGAUUACAAGUGUGCACCACCACACCUGGUUUAUGUCUUGCUGGGUAUCUAACCUAGGGCCAUUUUGCAUGUUAGGUAAACAUUCUACCAACUGAACUACAUUCCAGGCCAUUUUCAACUUUGUUAGAACUAUGUUUUAAAAAUGAAAUUUUUUUUCUAUUGAACCUAGUAUAUUCAGAACAUAUCAGUAUAUAUUCAGGAUACAGAAACCAUCAAGAAGUACUUUGUUUCUUUAAAAUAGAGAUAGAUAGAUAGAUAGAUAGAUAGAUAGAUAGAUAGAUAGAUAGAUAGGAUCUCUGUAUACUCUGACACCUGGCUGUCUUGAAACUUGCUGUGUAGACCUGGCAACAAAUUCAGAUCAGUCUGCUUCUGUCUCCCAAAUGCUGGAAAUAAUGGCGUGCAUCACCACACCUGGUUUUGUUUUUAUAAUACGUGUGUGAAUGCCUGCACAUAUAUUGUACCAUGUGUGUACCUGAUGCCCUCAGAGGGAGAAGAGGGUACCAUCUUGUUGAGCUGGAGAUACAAGUAGAGCUGCCAUGUGGGUGUUAGGAACAGAGUCCUCUGCAAGAGCCCCAAACACCUAUAACUGCUACUCCAUACUUUGAUUUUUUUCAUACUAAGUCCCCAGAGUGCACUGUAGCCCAGAAUGUAGCUGAGCUUGCACACUCAUUUUACAGCAGAUACAUUUUUAUCCAUAUUUAGAUGUCAUAAAGCAGUUGAAAAGUACUAAAUUCAUAUCCAAGUUGUCCCAAACUUCUGAAUCUGAUAAUUGAAUUGAGUGAAGUUUUAAAUUAAGAACUUUUGGUGGUGUGUUUUUCGAGGGUCGGGUUUGCUUUGCAUGUGCUUGUCAAGUGUGCUUACAUGGAGCUACAGCUCCAGUUUCAACUUUUAGGUUAAAAAUUGUUAUUGUGUGUAUCUCUGUAUGGGGUCCAUGUGCCACACCACACAGGUGGGGGUCAGAGGACAACUUUGUACAGUUGGUUUUCCUGUUCACCUUUAUGUGUUAGUUCCAGGUUCAAACUUAGGUUACUAGGCUUGGCAAGCACCUUUACUCAGCUGCCUGCCCCCCAUUCCUACCAAGUUUUAAAUUUAAAGCAGUGAAAUUGAAGUUUAAUUCUUUUGUUGUGCUAACUUCUGGGCAGGACUGCUCCAAAUAACCAUUUGCUGGCUUUGUGGUCCCUGUAUAUUGUCCUCCCAUCAGUGGCCAAAGAUUGGCAAGCCAAUUUCUCCUAGGUGCACAUCCAAGACCUCCGACUGUGUCUAAAUUGGAAGUGGUUAAGUCUAUAGGAGACUGUCUUCUCUGCAUGUCUGGAAAGCAGAGCAACCAUUUGGGGAAGGUCUGCUUUGAGUUCCUUGUUUUCAUUGUAACCUCUCCUCUGGGCCUUGUAUGUUUUGGCACAGUUCAUUUGAAUUGGUGUACUGAAUCAUUUUGCUGGCCUGCAGUAUUCCCAGAGGAGAGUAUUCGAAUCCAUAUACAUGAGACGCCUGCUGCACUUCACUAUACAUUGCCAGGGGCUUGGGCCAUUCCCCCGGGUUGCUGUUCAGCUGGUCUGGUUAUGACAUACAGAUGAGGCAGUGGAAUUUAGAAUCUGGAACAGGGGUGGGUACUGGUCUUUACAGUUAACACAACAGGAUAGCCAUACCAUAUGUGGCUCAAAUUUCCUUUUGAGCCAGUAAGGCAAGCUGAGCCAGUUAUUUGCCAGACUGUUCACAUAAAAUGCUGCAUAGCCAUGGCUUUUAUCAGUAAACUACAGGCAGAUCUUCCACCCUUAGGUCGCUAACUACAAAAGAAACUGAUGACUCAAUGACCUUUGAGGGUGACUUCUGCAUGUACACUCCAUCUUUCCCCAAGACUUCUCUGUAGGUAAGAGGUGACCCAUCUCUUCACUUGUCAGCGUGCUGAAUCUUUACAGCUGAGUGUCCCUCUCUUUUGAGAUGGACAGUGUCACCUAGCAGUAUGCUUGCCCAGACGACAUGAACCAGGUCAAAAGUAACCGAGAACUGUACCUGCAAUAUUCAGCCUCAGCCCCCAAACUGCUGGCUCACGUCUCGAAACUCCUCAUUUUUUGCCGAAACACAGGCAUUUCCAUCCCCAAAGGCAUUAGGAAUAUUUUUGAGUUCACUUGGGAGGAGCUCAUCAGUGACCCUGCAGUGCCCACUCCAUCGGAGAUUCCGGAUCUGGUGAUCACCUUGGGAACUCCUACAGUGGUGCUUGCAGAAGUGAUCCCAGCACAGGUCCUCCCCAUGCAGAAGAAGCAGCCCCCACCUGGCCCACCACCUCCACUACUGCUCACAACCCCCAGUGGGGGCAAGCCCUUGGCCCCCCGCUCUGCUUCUGCUCGACUGAUGCCCAAUGGCCAAGAUACCCUGCACAAGUUCCAGCGGCAAUCCAUCCACCUGUUGACAGAGCUGCUUUCCCUGAAGAUGAAGGCCAUGGUGGAGUCUGCCUCUGCAGGUGCCAACCCUCUGGACAUCACGAAGCGCUUUGUGGAGGCCAGCCAGCUACUCCACCUCAAUGCAAAGGAGAUGGCCUUUGACUGUCUGACUGGAACUAUCGGGAAAAGCUGCCUCAGCUCGGCUCAGCUGGGGAAAGAAUCCCCCAUGAACAUUUCUGCUAUGGGAGUGAACACACCUUACCAGCUGGUCUUCCAGGCAUCCACAGCCUGUCUGAGCUUCUCCCUCUCCACAGGAAAGGAAAGCAGGAAGAGAGAUAUUGGAGGCAGGGCAAAGGCUAUAGACGAUGUCUCGUCUCCACCGGUCCGAGCCCGAACCCCUCCUGAAAGCACUAUUAUUGAGUUGCCUGACCCCUGUCCUGAGGCCCGGGAAAAGCUGCAGGAUAUGUGUCGCCACAUAGAAGCCGAAAGGAUCUUGUGGAGAGGGAGGAAUGCCUCCUGCCCCAUGAUUUUACGCAACUACAGGUCAAAGAUACCCUCUCAUUUAAUGUUGGCCUCCAAGGGGGAAUCUCACCAUCCUCUCACUGCGGGAACUCAGAUUACUGCUUCCACUCUUCACCAGCCUUCCAGCCAGCAUGCUCAAAUGGGCCGCCAUUCUCAAGAGUGGAGGGGGCCCAAGAAGCCCAUCAAGCUGCAUUACACUUUCUAUGAUGGCUCCUCCUUCGUUUACUAUCCCUCCGGAAACAUCGCCAUGCUUCAGAUUCCCACGUGCUGCAGAGGGAAACCCAUCACCUGCCUCUUUAAUGACAUACCUAAUAUCUUCCUGGCUCUGUUCAAUGCUGAAGGCCUGGGCUGUGUUUACUACAACCUGAAGAACAGCUGUCCAUACGUCUUGGUUUUGGAUGAAGAAGGUGGGAUCACAAAUGACCAAAAGGGCUACAUAGUCCACAAGUGGAGCUGGGCCAGCAAGACCGAGACAUUGCUCUCUCUGGAGUACAAGGUGAAUGAACAAAUGAAGCUAACAGUCUUGGGGCAGGACUCCAUCUCUGUCACCUUCACCUCCAUGAAUGAGACGGUAACACUCAGUGUGUCGCCCAAAAGCUGUCCCCAUACCGUGCUGCACGACAAACGGCCAGUUCGCAGAAUCAGCACCAUUGAUGAAAAGGUGUCCAAGAUAAACAGAGGCCUGGUUGAGAUCAAGAAGCGGUUUCAGAAGACUGUGAUUCAGUUUAUGAACUCUGUGCUGCUGGCAGCAGGUCUGUUCACCUUAGAGUAUCCCUCCCCAAAAAAAGAAGACAUAGAAGCUACUCGGGUCAAGUUGAAAUCCGGGUCUAAUCAAGAUAAGAUGCGGAAUGCAACUUUACACCAAGGAGAAACCGUUACACGAACCCAGCCAGCCCGACCAGACUCCAUAGUUGAGGACACAGUGAAGGAGGAAUAUGUACCCCCAUCCUUGAUCCGUACUCGAAAGAAGAGCAGCAAAGUCCCUGUCAAAGUCUCAAGAGGGAAGCCCCGAGAGGUGCGCAGCCCUACUAGGUGGGCAGCCUCACCCACUGACUGCCCACUGGUGCUGCGGAGGCUCAUUCGCAAGGAAGACAUCCGGGCUGGCUGCAAAUGUAUCGUGAAGGCACCCCUGGUAUCCGACUUGGAGCUGGAGCGCUUCCUGACUGCACCCCGAGACCCCAACCAAGUGCUGGUAUUUGGGAUAAUGUCCAGCCAGAACCCCACCUGCACCGCACAGCUGCAGUGGCUGCUGGAUACACUGUAUAGCCAUCGGCAGCAGGGCCGCUCUUCACCCUGCAUCCAGUGCCACCAUGACCCUUACCGCCUGCUGCGGUAUGACCUGGACAGCCCCUUGCAGAAGGAUCCGCCCCUAAUGGUGAAGAAGUUUGCUGUGAUACACGGGAUGGUUUUGAUGUUUGCUGGGGGCAAGCUCCUCUUUGGGGGCUGUGUACUAAAUGGCUAUGGCUUCAGCAAGCAGAAUCUGCUGAAACAGAUCUUCCGGGCUCAACAGGAUUGCAAGUUGGGCUACUUCCUGCCAGACAACUACAAAUUCAAGCAUAGCACUUUUAAAGCAGCCAGAAGAACCGAGACGUAUGGCUUAAGCAGAAGAUGUGUGUCAUCUCAGUUCUGGGGGCUGGAAACUGGACCCAGAUAUAACAUGUCAACUUAUCUCUCGAUCCUGGAUGAUUCUGAGUCAACUAAAAGACCCCCAUCUGAUGAAUACGAAGGAAGUGUCUCUUCGGUGGCACUUGUGGACAAAGUAGAAAAAGAGCCUUCUCCCCCCUCUGAGAAGGUGAAACCGCCUGAAGUAGAGCCACAGCCUUUCAGCAAAUCGAGGAGGAGCAGUAAGAAGAGCACUAGCUGGAAGAAGUCAAACUCUAAGAAGUGAUGUUGGGAUAGCCAGCAAUGCCCUCCCCACACCCAGCCCCACCUCCUGGUCUCCCACCCCCGUUAAUAAAUGCGAGUGCCUCCAGUGUCUGGAUGAGGAGGUGGGGGGUGGGGUGGGACAGGCCCAUCUCUGACCUCAAGAAGGCCAGAAGUCCCGGCAGCUAGUUUCAGGCUGGGUUCUUGAAAACUCGCUACCCCCAACUCAGAGCUUCCUCUGAGGCCAGGAGUAAGCCUGAGACUACCAUUCUGGGGAACAAAUGUCUCAUUUGGCCAAGGGCCUGCCCGCUCAACCAUUCAGCAACCCUAGGGAGCCUCAGAAGGGGCUGGACUGUGUCGCCCAUCCUCUUUUGAGUGGGAAAGACUUCUGGUAGAAAGAAGAUGAGAGAGGAGAAGGACAUAGAGACUGAAGGACAUAGAGACUGAAGGACAUAGAGACUGAAGGACAUAGAGACUGGAGGUGAAAAGAGAUGAGGAAGCAGGCAGGAGAGAGAAGGAUGUAAGGGCAGAGAGGGAUGUCAAAGGAAGAAGGAGAACAUGAGGGAAAGCAGGGUGGGCUGAAGGCCAGAGUCUAGCAGACACCUUGCAGGCUCUCAUUCCCAUUUAGUCCAGCAACGGAACACAGGUUUAGACUGGAUUCUCACUCCCCCGAGUUCAUGGUCCUGGAGCAUCUUUGUCAGCAUCCAGAGGUCCCAGGCAGCUGUCCUCUGGGGUGUUUGCCGCCUUGUCCCUUACCUUAGAGAGAGCUGGAUCUCUCACAAUUGUAUGAUUGGUAGGAACCAUAUCCCCAUAGCAGAGAGUGGAGGGUCUGCCUUGGCCUUUGUGCCUAGAAUAGAGUCCAGGUCCCAAACUCUAGGCUGCACUUGGUGAUGUAUUUUACAGAUAAGAGUAAGAAGGCAAAGGGCUAAGGUUCUGUUCUGUCCUUGCAGAUAGGUACCCCUAGAGCUGGUGAAGGUCAGAACCAAGGCCUCUGCCCAGGCUACUGUCCGAAAUGAAGCCUCAGACCUGCACCUCUCUGGCCUUCAGGCUGUGUACUCCGCUGUGCUCAGGUAGAUAUGCUAAAUAGUUAGUGCUCUGUGCACAGGAGAAGAGGCAGGGCAGGUCCUGGUGCUAUGCAGGAUGCUCAUCACCCUGGAGGGGGCGGGGUGCCUCUGAAUAGAGCUCCGCCCACGGGCAAAGCAGGCAGUGACUGUCCAGAGCAGCAGCAUCAGAUUGCUCCUGGCAAGGAGGAGGAGGGAGAGGAAGAGGGAGAGGAAGAGGAGGAGGUAGAAAAGAGGAAAGCCUUACUUCAUGGAAGUGCCAGAAGAGAGGUAGGCUUCCCUCCACAGUGGCUCUCACAGGAAGGCACUGGAUUGUCUGAGCUGUGAUUAGCAUAGGGCUCCUUAAACCUUUCCCAUUUGGGACCAAGCAAUGUUUUUUUUUUUUUACAUAAAUAACCCUGCGCAUAUAGGUAUGCAAGCAUUUACUGAUAAUAAAUGUAUUUAAAAA